UACCUGCCGUCCCUGAGCGCGGCCAUCGGGGGCGCGACGCCGGAGCGCUACGUCUGGCGGCUCUGCAUCGCGCUGCACUCGGCGCCGCGGCUGCUGGUGGCCGCCGUCUACUGGCGCCACUACCGCGCGCGGCCCUGCCCGCCCCCGCACCCGCGCCGCCCGCGCCUCUGCCACGCCGCGCUGGCGCUCAACCUGCUGGAGGUCCUGGCGCUGCUGCUGCUCACCUACGUCUCCUCCUCCGAGAACAAAGCCCUGCACCAGAACGCCUUCGUGCUCUUCGUCGCCUCCGCCCUGGGCCACAUGUUCCUGACCUGCCUGCUCUGGCGGCUGACCGGGAAGCACGCCGCCGCCAGCCCCGAGGAGCGCACGUCCUACAAGUGGAAGUGGUGGCUCUUCCUCUUCAACCUGUUCACCUUCUUGGUGGCCGUGUGCUUUUACUUCCGUCACAACUGGUAUUGUGAGGCUGGAGUGUACACGGUCUUUGCCUUCCUUGAGUACCUGGUGGUCCUGUCCAACAUGGCCUUCCACAUGACAGCCUGGUGGGACUUUGGGAACAAGGAGCUGGUGGUCAGCUCCCAGCCGGAGGACAAGUACUUCUAGCAGAGACCUCCCGGGCCGGCUGGAGGAGCCCCGCUGGCUGCCCGCGGGGGGGCGUUUUGGUGGGG